AUGUUCCGUACAAAGUGUAAGGAACACGAUCAUUCAUCUUUCUAUCAGUUCUUGCAAAUGGAGCACAGUCAUAAGAAUACCGACUGUUAUUUUUUCUAUUAUUCAACGUGCACAAAGGGGGAUAAUUGUCCAUUUAGACAUGAACCAUCUGCCUUGGGUUGCGAAACAAUGUGCUUAUAUUGGAAGCAGGGUAAAUGCCGCGAUGAACAUUGUACUUUUAGGCAUAUGGAAUUAAGGAAAAAUCGUAAGUUGAUUCCAUGUUAUUGGGAAACACAACCAGGAGGUUGUAAGAAACCACACUGUUCAUUUAUGCAUAAAAAUGCUCGUACAAUUACAAAUGCCCCCAUUAAUCCAGUGAAAAAUUUUGAUUUAACAUCAAACACAAUGAAUCAAGAAUGGUCGAAUCGUCAAGAUGACACAAAAUAUGAUGGUAGUAGCACUGAGUCAGAUCAAGGUAGGGGAAGCAGUGAAGCAGGCAGUUUUAUUGGCAGUCCAGCUGUUGAUCCUCUUAUCGUCAAAUUUGAAGAAGAGUCGGACAAUGAAAGUGUACCGUCUCCGGUAAAGCCGCAGUCGAGGGUCCCUUACUGCAAGACUUAUGAGGAGAUUCGCCUAGAGGAGAUCCAGGCCGAAAGUGCUGCUUACUAUUCCUAUCAGACCGAGGACUAUCAGACCGACGUGGGUGGUGGGAAGAUCAAGACACGUAGGACCAAACGGAUCUGCCUGUAUCCUCCGGUUAGCAAAGACAAGAAUGGCGAAAAGGGAUUGAACUUUGAGGUUCUCACAUUGGAUGAAAUUCGUCGACGAAAGACGUGCAAAAGUCUUCAGCAGAAGGAGUCGAAGAGGAUAGAGCCGAAGGGUACGAUCGAUGAAAAGGAAGAUCGAAAAUCAACUGCUGAAUUUCUGAAGGACGCUAUGAAGACGUUAGCUGAACUUAAGGAAACGAUUUCUGUUAGGGGAGUAAAAAGGCCGUUGGAAGAUCGUCAGGAGGACACGUCCAAGCGCAGAUUGGUGUGCAGCGUUGUUCGUACGAGUUCCAUCGUUAAUAAUGUGCCGCCUGUCAAACUUAGAAGAUCUCCAAAGAGGUUUACUUUUCUCGAGAGUGAGAUCGAAGAACGAGGUAGCAUGAAUAGGUUAAUGAGUACUGAUCAACAAGCGGAGAUCGAGGAGAAGACUGCGGGAUCUUGUAGGGAUAGUCCAAAAUCCAGUUCCAUGGAUAGAUUGAACGAGUCAGAGCCUAUGAGUUCGAGCAACAAAUGCAGGAAGAGCGAAGUGGAGAUCAGGUUAUGCGACAGUAGCACAGAUGAAGAUCAGAUGCCAUUAGAUAAAAUCGAUGAGAGGAAAUCGGUUGGUACGUACACCGUGGAAGAUUCGAAGGAGACCUGCGACAGUCUGUUAAUCGAGGAAGACUAUCUGACGCUGGACAUGGCGUCAGAUGACAUUUUGAAGGACAUCGACGCGUUACUCAAAGAAAAAACCUCGGUCUGA